AGGAAAGCAUUGGGUUUCCCAGGACCACAACCCCACCUCCUUCAGCAGGCAAUCCUCCUUCAUCCCAUACCCUUAUAUAUAGGGCUUGUACCCCCAUCAUCCUCUCUGGAUCCAGCAGUGCUACAUCCAUUGCCUGAAGCCCUUGCAGGCAGGGCCAGUCCUUGCAGCCUCCAUGAUGUGGGAGCUCCGCUCUGUCGCCUUCACCCGGGCUGUCCUGGCAGAAUUUCUGGCCACCCUGGUCUUCAUCCUCUUCGGCCUGGGCUCUGCUCUGAACUGGCCUUCAGCUUCUGCCCCGAGCAUCCUUCAGAUUGCAUUGGCUUUUGGCUUGGCUAUCGGCACGCUGGUCCAAGCUCUGGGGCACAUCAGCGGAGCUCACAUCAACCCAGCAGUGACAGUAGCUUGCCUUAUUGGUUCCCACGUCUCCUUCCUGCGUGCAGUCUUCUAUGUGGUGGCCCAGCUCCUGGGGGCUGUGGCAGGGGCUGCCAUCCUACACGAGAUCACCCCAGCCGACUCGAGGGAAGGCUUGGCCAUCAACAAGCUGCACAAUGAGACGACGACAGGGCAGGCGGUGACUGUCGAGCUCUUCCUCACCUUCCAGCUCGUCCUCUGCAUCUUUGCUUCCACUGAUGAACGCCGGGAGGACAACGUGGGGUCUCCUGCUCUGUCCAUUGGCCUUUCUGUUGCCGUUGGACAUCUCCUUGGGAUCCGUUACACUGGUUGCUCCAUGAACCCAGCCAGAUCCUUUGCCCCAGCUGUAAUUGUUGGAGACUUCAGUGAUCAUUGGGUCUUUUGGGUGGGCCCCCUGGUUGGGGCAGCAGCCGCAUCCAUCAUCUACAAUUACAUUCUGUUCCCACAAUCCAAAACCUUCUCGGAGAGGCUCGCCAUCUUCAAGGGCAUGGAGCCAGAGGAGGACUGGGCAGAGCGCGAGGCACGGCGGCGGCAGUCGGUUGAGCUGCACUCCCCACAGACCCUGCCAAGGGGGAUGUCUGAGAAGGUUUUCUAACUUUAGAGGAAAGCACCGUUCAAGCAAAGCCACCAGGGUAGCAGCAGGGACAAGCUCAUGCUGGAGUCCCACCUUCAAGUCCCCCUCGCGGGAGGCAGCGCGGUGGAGCUCGUUGCCCUUCUCGAGGCGCUGCAGAGAGGUGUUAUUACAGGCGUUUGCUGGGUGUGGAGGUUGCCACCCGAUGCCUCAUUGCUUUUGAACUCUGCUCACCCUUCUCCCACUUCUUCUCGCUGCCCAGCUGUUUGCACACACACUCUUUGCCUUGAGGAUCUCACAACCUGCAAGUUUUGCUGCUGCAAGGAACCCAAGCACACUUAUGACCCAUAGUGGAAUGCAGAUGCCCUUUGCUUUUGCUGACUGGAAGAGUGUCCUCGGGUUCCCUCUGACCCCAUCAGGGAGCUCUUGCAACUGCUCCCUCCCGUGAUGAUGAGAAACCUCCUAAUUUUCAGCCCUAGAUAAUCCACAGCUUGGCUGUUCUUGGACCACUGCUGUCCUUCAGCUUCAACACUUUUUCUUUCUGAAUGAAUUUUGCUUUCUUUCCUCCAUUCCCAUCCUACCCUGAUUUCAGAUGAGUAAUACAAAGCAUUUCAGAUAUGAGGUUCUCCGACUCUUGCUUUCAUAGAUGCACCACACCAAUGGUUCUUGACCAUCCCAUCCUUUCAUCAGAACCUGGUUACAGCCACUAGAGUAGUCAAAGAAUUUGGGUUUGUCUUUGGGACAUGCCUUAGCUCUUUUAAGCAUUAAAUUUAAUCUAAUUUCUGUUACUCAGCCUCACAGUUAUGCAUUUCCCGCAUGACAUCCUCUUUCUGUUGACGAUAUCUCCCUCAUAUUGCACUGUCACAGAACAUCACCACCUCAUUUAGGAUUUUGCUGCUAAGGUCGUUAAUGGAAGUAUUCAGUAAGAUGGGCAUCAGUGUCUCUUCCCUUGUCCAUUGAUUAGGCAAAACAAUCAAUGUGUUCCAGGAAAACCCAAACACGUCUACCCAGAAUUUAUCCUGACAAUGAACCUCUACAGACAACACCAUACAGCUGAUUGAUGAUAAUUUUUUUCAGUGUUGAAGUUAAUUACAUGCCCUCAGAUCCAAGCAUUUAAGUUAUUCUGUACCACGACAAUGUUUAAGACACAUAAACUGCAAAGAGACCUAUGGAUGAGUUCUAGUGCCUAAUAACUUACUGUGCUCUUUCAAAUAAAGUACUUUAAAUUCACUUCUA